UAACAAUCGUUUCUCUCACCAAAAUCAUCCUUGAAGUUGACUGAAAGCUUAUACAUAAAAAGCAGAUAGAGAGAGAGACUGAGAGAAUUCCCACAAACCACUAUUCCAAGCUCGCCCUACGACGAAGAUGGAACAACAGCAGAAGAAGAAAGUUCUCCAAGUGUUCUGCAUUGGAACAGCUGAUACCAAGCUUGAUGAGUUACAGUUCCUAUCGGAGUCUGUUCGAUCUAAUCUCACCGCCUUUACCAAUCCAUCGUCUUCCUUCGAGGUAGAAUUGACGAUUGUUGAUGUUUCAACGGGUCCCAAGGAAAUUGGAACCUCUGCCAAUUUCAAACUUGUAUCAAGGAGGGAUGUGUUACGUUACUAUUUUGAAUUUCAUAAUAUUGCGCCUAUUGAGCUACCCGAUGACAGAGGAAAAGCUAUAUCUAUAAUGAGUCAGGCAGUAGAGCAGUUCUUGCAGAAAGCCCACAAGGGUUGUUCUCUUGCUGGAGUUAUUGGUCUGGGUGGAAGUGGAGGCACCUCUCUUUUAUCAUCUGCCUUCAGAUCCCUUCCAAUAGGAAUGCCCAAGAUCAUUGUGUCAACAGUUGCGAGUGGUCAAACUGAACCAUAUGUAGGAACGUCAGAUUUGAUAAUGAUGCCAUCUGUGGUUGAUAUUUGUGGUAUUAAUAGUGUUAGCAGAGUUGUUUUGUCCAAUGCUGGAGCCUCUUUUGCUGGAAUGGUUAUUGGAAGGCUCAACAAUUUGAGAAGCCUUUCUAACGGGGAUGGCAGGCUUACAGUUGGUUUAACCAUGUUUGGGGUGACAACUCCUUGUGUAAAUUCUGUUAAAGAGAGAUUGAAUAGUGAAGGCUAUGAAACACUGAUUUUUCAUGCUACGGGAGUGGGGGGUAGAGCUAUGGAGGAUCUUGUUGCUGGCGGAUUUAUACAGGGUGUCUUGGACAUCACCACAACAGAAGUGGCAGAUCACAUAGUUGGUGGAAUCAUGGCUUGUGACAGUUCACGCUUUAAUGUCAUCAUAGAAAAGAAGAUUCCUCUAGUCCUGAGUGUAGGAGCAUUGGAUAUGGUGAAUUUUGGUCCGGAAAGUUCAAUUCCUUCUCAUUUUAAACAAAGAAAAAUUUAUAAACACAAUGAGCAGGUAUCUUUGAUGCGAACUACAGCUGAAGAAAACAAGAAAUUUGCUAGCUUCAUAGCUUCAAAAAUCAAUUGUUCAUCGUCAAAAAUAUGUGUUUGCUUACCAGAAAAAGGAGUAUCUGCUCUCGAUGCUGAGGGAAAGCCAUUUUCUGAUCCUGAAGCUACUGGUACUCUAAUUAACGAAUUACAGAAUCUUAUCCAGACAAAUGAAGAUCGACAGGUAAAGCUGCUUCCCUAUCAUAUAAAUGAUCCUGAGUUUUCCUGUGCACUGGUUGACUCAUUUCUGGAGAUAUGUAAGACUUCCCAAUGUUCUAGACCUGAACCUGAGAUUUGUAAACCCAACCAGGGGUUUCAUGAGGAUUAUGUUCCCAUUAAAAAGUUUACAGAAUAUGGUGCAAUUUCUUAUAGCUUGAGCGACUUUCCUGAUGCAAAACCAGAAACGUUGCAAAGAACAAGGAUGAUAUUGCAACAACUGAAAGAUGAAAUACAGCAGGGGAAGCCCAUCAUUGGUGCAGGUGCAGGAACAGGAAUAUCUGCCAAGUUUGAGGAAGUUGGGGGUGUGGAUCUGAUAGUGCUGUACAACUCAGGGAGGUUCAGGAUGGCUGGAAGAGGUUCCUUGGCAGGCUUAUUACCUUUUGCAGAUGCAAACGCAGUGGUCCUUGAGAUGGCCAAUGAGGUGCUUCCGGUGGUAAAGAGAGUACCUGUGCUCGCAGGAGUAUGUGGAACUGACCCUUUCCGACGAAUGGAGUACUUCCUAAAACAGUUGGAGUCAAUUGGAUUUUCAGGAGUGCAAAACUUUCCGACUGUAGGACUCUUUGAUGGAAACUUCAGACAGAAUCUUGAAGAGACAGGGAUGGGAUACGGCCUGGAGGUUGAGAUGAUUGGAAAAGCUCGUGAAAUGGGCCUAUUAACAACUCCAUACGCUUUCAAUCAAGAUGAAUCCAUUGAAAUGGCUAAAGCUGGUGCUGAUAUCAUAGUGGCACACAUGGGUCUUACAACAUCAGGGUCUAUUGGUGCUAAAACGGCUCUCUCUUUAGAGGGAAGUGUAGAUUGUGUUCAGGCCAUUGCUGAUGCUGCCCAUAGCAUCAAUCCGGCUGUCAUUGUUCUGUGUCAUGGAGGUCCCAUUUCUGGUCCAAAAGAGGCGGAAUUCGUGCUGAAGAGAACAAAGGGAGUUCAUGGGUUUUAUGGUGCAUCAAGCUUGGAAAGGCUUCCAGUUGAACAUGCUAUAACAUCUACUGUCCAGCAGUAUAAAUCCAUUCCAAUGAAGUAACAACAUUCAGCAUAGUCAUGUGGUAUAAAGAAACAUUACUUCUGUACCUGAGGGUGGAGAACUUGCACGGUCAGAUCAUUCAUUUCAUUGUGUGUUUUUUCUCAUUUUGAAUGACAAGUUUUGUUCUAGUUCUCAUGAGUUUGUAAUAAUAAAUGCUCAAUUUUUAUAAUUGGUGAUUAAGAGACUAAAUGUCUUAAAAUCGAAUUUAAAAUGUCUAAAGUUGAGUUGAAGUUAUAAUGACGGU